CUUUCUUUUACAUAUUACUACUAUUGAAGUAACUACUUCUAUGAAUUCGGUGUUCACCUUGUUGUGCUAAUGAGGUGUGGCAACUUGGACCGAUGCAUAUGUGUGCCUGUUUCUACGUUGUAGUUGGCUGACUGACUGUUAAAUCAUCCUGUUGGAAUUGUAAGUUGCAGAACAACAAAUAUCAGAGAGUUUCCCUUUAUAGUUGCUCAAAUAGUACCGUUCUUUGUUGCAAUCUUGGUUUUUAAAAAUUUUAAAAGAUGUUGGUAAUAUUUAAGAUCCAUAAAGAAUUUAAUACGAGAGACGAUUACAACGCAAAAUACAGAAAAACAGAGAUUCAAAAUAGUGGACACUUUUGGGUUGAUUAGUAGUACAAAAGUAAUUUUAGCGAACAUAAAAUAUUGACCUGAAAAACAUUAAACAAUGUUUUUGAGUGAUAGCACGUGAGGUGCACAAAAUAGUCUGUACCAGAAGUUCCAAGUUUUAUAUUAUAAAGUAUAAAUAAGUUAUUAUCUCCAUUAGUUCACAUCCCAAGCUGUUAUACAUGAGAAAAAUCAAGGAGCAACCAUGUUUAUCGACUGAAUUUUAAGACUACUCACUAAGUUGGACAGCUGUCAGAAUUUUAUUUUCGUAUUAUUCUGACUUUAUACUGUGCAUUAUUUAGGAGGUCGAUUAAGCUACUUAUCUUUUAUUUUCAGAUUUUUGUUUAACUACUAAGUAGCAUGAGUGCUAUCCGACCAGGCACUGCAUCCCGUCUAAAAUCAGCCCAAAUACAAGGUAAAAGUGGUACUGCAUGUCGUGUAACAGAUGGCGCAAAAACGGGUGCCCGUGGUAGAACGCUUGGUGGGACAACUUUAAACACUAUGGUAUGUGUUGAAGAUAGACCGAUUACACAACAAGGUUUAGGCGGGAUUAAAAACCCAAUUCGUGGACCUAAACGUCAGAUUGAAGAUAAGUCAUACUUUCUGGGAUUGUUAAGGGGGAAAAUCAAUGAAAUAAACUCAGAAGUUGGGAAUAUAACACGUCAGUUAGUAGAAAAAGAGGAAGAUAAUGCUAGUUUUGUACAAUAUGAGCAAAUGGCUGAGAAAUUGGCGUAUGAAAUUAAAGAACUACAGGGUGAAUUAGGCGAUUACAAUACUCUCGUCGAUAAAGCAACAUUAGGCAAUAAUAUAACAAGUAUUGAAAUGGAUUUGGAAGAUGUACGUGCUGCAAAUGAACGAGCUGAACGGAAUUUAGAAAUGUUAUUUGAAGAUCGUCAAAGAAAGGAAUCAUCACUAAAAUCAUGUGAGCUAGAAUUAAAACAAGAACAAGAAAUGUCUGAAAUAGUAAUUCAAGAAAUGGUUGAUACAGAACGUGAACGUUAUUUUAAAUUAAAGGAUUUAAAUAUUCAUCUUCUGAAUCAGUUAAGUGAAGGUCAAAUGGAGUUAGAAAGAUUGAAUACAAGAAAAGCUGAACUUGAAGAAGAACUACUUACAUCACCGAUCAAACAAGAAGCUGUACGUUUAUUUACUCAACUACAUGAGAUUCAAAGUAGACGAGAUCAGUUAUUAUCUGAAGAGGCAGCAAAAACAGAUCCUCAAAUAGAACGUCAACGUCUAUUGCAACAAGUUAAAAGUGAUAAUCAAGAAAUUGCAGCUAUUGAUAAACAAACACAUGAAAUUCAAGAGAAAAUUACUAAUAAAGAAGAGGAAUUACAUUUACUGGAACAACAAUUAGAUGAAAAUUAUAACGAAAGAAAUCAAAAAUAUCGUGAACUUAAAAAACGUGAACAACAAAUUGAUGAAUUCUUACAAACCUUUGAUCAUGCAAAGUCUUUAGAAAUUUCUGGAAUCAAUGAAAUGGAAUCAACAAUUAUUGAAAUUUUAAAUAAAACAUCCAAUUCUAUUAAUAAUUUCAAUCAAAUUACAUCAAAUCUUGAUGUAGAUCUAUCAUCAGUUGAAUUAAUUAUUCAACAAGAUAAACAUAAUAAUCAAAUGAUGAAUAAUACAAUACAAUAUCUAAAUAAUAAUAAUAAUGAAACAGAAGAAGUGUUUAAUCAUUUGACAAAGGAACGGAUACGUUUAAAUCAAGAUUUAUUGAAAGUUGAUCAUUUACAAAGUAAAAUUACACAAGAAAUGGAAACGUUAAAAAAGCGUAUUUCUAAAAUGGAAGAAGAAAUUGUAAUCUUCAGUGAUUUGGAUAAAGUUCGUGAAAAUGCAGUUCUUAAAAGACAAAGUGAUAUCCACUGGGUUUCCUGAAGAAACACUUGCGCGUAAAAAACAGGAAAAUAGUGACCCUGACGGCUAACAAGAAACCACUUUUCUUGAAACUGCAAUUCAAUGGUGAUGUGGCUAGCGAUGUAUUACGAGAUAGAUUGACUAAAUCAGUAAAGAGAACGUUUAAUGCUGCCAACCUCUGCCUAUCGUAUUCGACCCGAUCGAUGAUGAUUCCGCAAUUGAAAGAUAAGUUACCUGGUUAUGCCACUUCUAUGUGUAUCUACGAAUUCAGCUGCUCCUGUGGAGAAAGCUAUAUCGGGCGCACUACCAGGCAACUGAACCAACGAGUUAGUGAACACCUCCCUUCGUGGUUAGGAAAAGGCUAUGUCAAAACAAUACGCAGCUCGGUUCUAUCACACUUGAUCGAUAGCGGUCAUAUAGUGGACAGAAACAAGUCGUUCAAAGUUAUUUAUCGGAUUCCCACUAGUUUCCUUUAUGGUGUUCGAUCUCGUCUCUUACACAUAGCAGAAGCUAUAGGAAUCCGAGCCAACAAGCCAAGUCUUUGUGUCCAGAAGAAAUUUGUAACUCCCUUGUCUCUCCCUUGGCCUUAAGUAAUAAAUGAAUGUAUUUAUUUAUUCUCUUCGUUUAUUAUUUUUCUUCACACCCUCCUACCACUUUAUUUUCUCUAAACUAUACGUUUCAUGGUCCAAUUAUCUGAACAUUUCUUAUUACGUCAUCUUAUAAUUUUAUAAUUGUUAUCUCAGUUUCUAUAUUUUUCUAAUCAUUGACCUAUUUCAGAUUAUGUAACAUUGAUUUGAACCUUUAUUAUUAUUGCUUAUCAAAACUAAUGCACCUGUCGUCAC